GAUAAGUGGACUGGAUACAAAUAUCUCCUUACACACCAUUUUCAAAAACACCUAAGCAUUAUUAUUGUGUCUUUUUGCUUGAGCUGAUAUCACACCUGCGGCGCAUGACCCGAUCGGGGUAAAAGGACAAAAAGAUAUGAAACGCCACAGUCGAAGAUUGAUGAUCAUAAAUGCCUAUACGCAGGUGAAUGUGCUGUGAAAAGAAGAAGAAAAGAACGCCCCGAAACUACCUCUUGCGCCUCUUAUCGGGUAUUAUCUGAUUUAAAGGCGUAUUUUGAGAACCUCAUUAUCCACUGUGACUAUGGAGAACAGCACAGCGUCCGAUUUUGAGCCAACCAGUGGAGUGAUUCUUAGUGAAGAAAAGCUGAUAUGGUUGGUAGUCUGUAGCGCCAUGACAGGGGUGUGUUUCAUAGCAGCAACAGUAGCGUACAUAAGCAAGGUCCGCAAAAUGCCCAGGGCGAAAAAGAAAAGAAGAGAGGAAAAACUUAAGAAAGAUAAAAGAAAUCUGGAAACCUCAGUCCGGGUCAUGGUUUUUAAAAAUCAACGAGUGCGAACAAUAUCUGAAUUCCUGCAAAUAAGUCAAGAUAAAGGCUUGAUUGAAAAGGAGCAUCAGGCCUUAACUAAAAUAGCUCUGGAGAGGGAAAUGUUAAGACGUGAUGGCAAGAUUCAUACCAAAGAUAGUUCGCGAACUUCCGAUCUAGCAUGCCAGUUGGUGAUCCAAGACAAGAUGGCAGCCUUUCUCAAGGACACGAAGCUGAAUCCUUUUUACGUCGAUGGAUACAAAAACCGGAAUGCUUACCUUGUUCACACUGCUCCUACGAGAGAAACUUUGGAAUCUUUCUGGGAUUUGGUAUGGACCCACGGCUGUCAGUGCAUCCUUACACUAACCCCUUCCUUUGAUUACAGUGGGAUUUUAUGUUGUGAAUACUGGCACGUGGCCACUGCGGGGGGUUAUCACGUGGAGAUUCAGAACACUGUGACACGCGCAGACUGGAUAAAGCGAACCAUCAGCGUAAGAAAGAAUGACUGCGACCAGGAGAGACGCAUACAACACUAUCAGGCGAAGAGCUGGGAGCGCCACAGAUGCCCCGACCCGAUUCUCUUGUUAAACAUCCGGAGAGAAGUUAACCUGUCAAUGUCACACGAAUCCCCAAAAGGACAAGUCACCCCGCUGUUGGUGCACGAAGCGUUCAACUCGAUUGACAAGGUUGGCGCCUACAUCGCUGUGGACGCAAUCUUGGAGCGAAUGGACGCCACCAAGAGCGUCCAGAUCUUUAACGCCGUUGCCUAUCUUCGGAAGAAAAACCCAAGAAUGCUGGAAACAUUACAAAACUACCAAUUUGUUUAUGCCACAGUUGCCACCCAUGCUGUAUGUGACGACACUACUGUUCAACGAAAAGAUCUUGUUGGAGUGACAAAGUUUUUAGCAUGGAAGUCUCCAGGCUGGAGCAAGACAGGAUUUUCGAAGGAAUUUAAGCUGCUGACCUCCCUGACCCCAGCCCUGACCAGUGGCGAGUGUGCGGCCGGAUUCAGAAGUGAAAACUUGCACAAGAACAGGAAUUCAGUACUGCUGCCUCCUGACAGAUGCCGACCCUAUUUAAAAGACGAUUCAGUUAGUAGUCAUAGUGAUUACAUCAAUGCAGUUUACAUUAACAGCUUCUACAGCGACCAGCAGUUCAUAGUGACCGAGUGGCCCAUGCAGAAUACUAUUGUGGAUCUGUGGCGACUUCUGUACGACUCUCAAAUUCCAACGCUUGUGAUAUUGGACCACAUGGACUCCAGGUUUGACCGUUGGAGAUACCCACAUUUCUGGCCUGGUUUCCCGGAAACUGAAGUGCACGAUGGACUCCAAGUGACGCUAACUGAGACCAGGCGGUACCCAAACAUCACGACGAAAACAUUCAAUAUAAGAAAGAACGUGAUCCGCAGCUCACACAAAUGGGCACAGUCGGGAAAGUACGAUAUGCAAGCAACUAGAGCACUUUUGAAAAAAAUAUUUGCAGUCGAGUCCGCCACUCGACACGCACAUACAGUGCGCAUGUUCCAGCUGAACUAUUGGCCGCGUAAGGCAAAGGAAGAGAUGGGAUCGAUUUUGAUGCUAAAUAAUCUCGUAGAGGAAUGGCUGCACAAGCUAGAGACUGAUCAAGGAAUCACUCAUGCACCUGUUUGUAUUAUGUCUAAAGACGGUGUGGAGCGCUGUGGUGUCUUCUGCACUGUCAACAUUGCACUGAAUCAGUUGGCGGAGGAAGACAAAGUGGACAUAUUUUCUACGGUCAAAUUGGUAAAAGCAAACCGUCCAGAGCUAGUGAAAGAUGAAAGAGAAUAUCUUCUAUGUUACGAAUUAGUCAAGUUGGCCGAGCAGCAGAGAUGGGGUGCCAGAGAUACGGCCACGGUGCCUGCUAUGAACGCUCUAGCAGGAACACCUAGCACGUUGCCCCUAUCAGGUACACCUAGCACGUUGCCCCUAUCAAACGGCAUUGGUGUCGGUCAUAGAACAGGUGGAAUUACAACAAGCCAUGGUUUACAGCAUGAAACGUCAGAAUCAGUAAUAUGACUAUAAGUUUUAUACAUGUACAUUUUUAAUUAAAAUUAUGUGUCUUCAUACCAUUCAUGUUAUCAGAAGCUCAAAAGAAUUGCCUUCAUCUUAACAAUUGUAUGGAAUGAACAUUAAAUACUGUGUAGAAAACCCUAUACAUCUGUGGAUAUAUCAUGCAGGGUUUUUAUUCAUUGAACAUAAUGUACAUUGAUCAUUUUACAUCAUUAUUUUACAGUGUACACUUACCAGUACUUAAAUAAAUAUAAUUUGCAAUA